AUGUUGCCCCACUUGUGCCUCACUUUCGCGAUGUGGCUGCUUUCUUCUGCCCUGUUAUCUGGUGCGAUACCCACUCUUUCGACAUCGACUCUUCAAGCACGGGCUGUUACGAAUACAUCCAAGGCUGGUCUGGCAUGGCCAAAUGGGAAUUCCUUGAAUAUCAAUCAGUACGAUGCGACAGGAAAGGUUUCCUGGUACUACACUUGGUCGGCGUUCCCGGUCGCCAGCCGCCGUCUCGAGUUUUCACCUAUGCUAUGGGGCCAGAGCACCAUCAACCAGUUUACCUCAACGAUCCGGAGGACGCUGUCAAACACCAGACUCAAUGUUACGGCUGUUCUCGGAAUGAACGAACCCGAGUUACAAGAGCAAUCGAAUUUGUCACCUGAGGAAGGUGCACAGAUAUGGCAAACACACUUGGAACCCCUUCGUGCUUUAGGGGUGCGACUCGGUAGUCCGGCGCCAUCCAGCUCGCCUAGGGGCAAGAUCUGGUUGCAAGACUUCUUCGCGGCAUGCAAAGGCAACUGCACAGUAGAUUUCAUUGCCUUACAUUGGUAUGGGACCAACGCCUCCUGGUUUAUCUCUCAUCUCGAAGAUUAUCAAGAGACAUUCCAACGACCUCUAUGGGUAACCGAAUGGGCUUGCCACAAUUUUGUGGACCUUGACGAGCAGUGCUCGGACGAAGAGAUCGUCGAAUUCAUGAACGUCACGCAAUCCUUCAUGGAUAACGCUGACUUUGUGGAGCGAUAUGCUUGGUUCGGGGCGAUGAGGGAUAUGAACAACGUGAACCCAUCGAACGCGCUCAUGAACGGGAACGGGCAGAUCAGCCCCCUCGGAAUACAGUAUAUAGAUGCAAUCGGUUGGACGAAUCUGACCAGCAACGCGGGCAGACCCUCCAUCACCGUCAUUUCUGGUCGGUCCCUCAGUUUCCAGUGUUUUUGGACGACGUUCUUCACGCUGGUGGCAUUACACAUAUACCUCUCCUUAUGA